AUGUCAGCCAACCGUGUUAUCUGGACUUUCGUUUUCUUCGUGGUGCUACAUGUGGGGGUAAGUGGGGCACGUAAUAAUAACGGGAAAAAGAAACCACAGGAGGAAUCAAACGCGGAUAUUUCGGACCAGUGUCCCGAACCUGAUGGUUAUUUUGCGGAUGCAGAACAGUGCGACAAAUACUACCAUUGCGAUAAUGGAAAAAUCAAGGAGAAACUGUGUCCAGAUGGACAAGUGUUCAACGACUUUAGUUCUGAGUACGAAAAGUGUGAUUUACCUUUUAAUAUUGACUGUUCUGCAAGGCCUAAUUUGCAAGAACCUAAACCGAGUACACAUUGUCCCAGGAAACAUGGGUAUUUCGUGCACGAAGAAAAAAACAUUUGCGACAAAUUCUACUUUUGCGUCGACGGCAAAUUCAAUCAGAUAACGUGUCCAAAUGGUCUAGUGUACAACGACAAGGUGGGCAUAUGUUCUUGGCCCGAUGAAGUGAAACGUGAAGGCUGUACCUCCUCCGAAGUGUUCGCAUUCGAUUGCCCUAAAGUAUCUGAAAGCGUAGGACUUACACAUCCGAGUUACGCGGACCCUGAAGACUGUCAAUUUUUCUACGUUUGCGUUAACGGCAACGCGCCUAGAAGAAACGGAUGUAUACUUGGUCAGGUGUUUGAUGAUCUCACCAAACGCUGCGAUUGGGCGAAAAAGGUACCCGAAUGCGCCGAUUGGUACAAGGGACGUCUGACUGAGCAACAAUUGAAAGACUUGGAGAGUCCCCCAACGCCCCGACCUAAAGCUACGAAAGGCAAAAGGAAGAACAGGCCACGAGUAGUAGAAGCAGAGGAAGAUUGA